CCUCGCCGGCGCUCCUGAAAGGGAGGAUGCGCUCGCGCUCCGAGCAUCUCCACAGAACGAGCGAGUCGCGUGCACCCCGGUCUGAAUAAAAGACUUAAUCAGCGCUUAAAUCGGCGGAAACCGCAGCCCCCGCGCGGAACAUGGCAUCAAAAUGUCCCAAAUGUGACAAAACAGUUUAUUUUGCGGAAAAAGUAACAUCCCUGGGAAAAGACUGGCACAAAUUCUGCCUGAAGUGUGAACGCUGUAACAAGACCCUGAAUCCAGGAGGACACGCAGAGCAUGAUGGGAAGCCAUACUGCCACAAGCCAUGCUAUGCUGCCCUCUAUGGACCAAAAGGUGUGAAUAUCGGCGGGGCCGGGUCGUACGUCUAUGACACACCUGUCAACGACGACGCUGCCCCUGUUGCUAUGGAAACCAAGCCCAAGGCUGAAGAGAAAAAGACUACCAGGGGCCCAGUGAAGGCCGCAAGCUUCAGUUCGUUUUCCGGUCAGCCGAACAUCUGCCCAAGGUGCAACAAAACAGUGUACUUCGCUGAAAAGGUCAGUUCCCUGGGUAAAGACUGGCACAGACCCUGCCUGCGCUGUGAGAGGUGCAGCAAGACUCUGGCUCCGGGCAGCCACGCAGAGCACGACGGUCAGCCUUACUGCCAUAAACCCUGUUACGCCGUUCUCUUUGGGCCGAAAGGAGUGAACACUGGAGGUGUUGGCAGUUACAUUUACGAGGACCCAAACAAUGAGGGCCAGUCCUAAGAAAAACAGCCACACCAGCAGUAUUGUUAGCAACCUUAGAUUCAAGCCUCUUGUCUGCUUCCUUUAACUCCACUUCCUCUCUUUCUCGAGUCUGCACUGAUCUUGUUCAUCUACAGAGUGCCAUACAUACUAAUUGUACUAAAACGAGCUAGUAUUACUACUUACUAACGGGGAUAUGUGUUUAGACUUUUUGCUGUAUUUAUAUAUGGUUUAUAUAUUUUUAAGGACGUGGUUAGGGUAUUGAGUUUUUUUGACUGUGACAUUGAAUUUAACACAACAAAAUUCUGUUCAGAAUAAAAUGUUUUUGCCAUUAGUUCUAACAUGUUUAGUUGUGUAGCACUUUAGCACUCUUAUUUAUUAAAGGCUGGUUUACUGACACCAUGUUUUCUGAACUUUGCACUGAAGGUCUGUUUGUGUAUUUAAAAACUUUGUAUUUGAAAUAAAAAAAUAAAAAUGG